GCCUGAGUGAUCCAUUUAAACCUUCUAGCCUACAGGCCAUACUUUUCUUAUCGUAACUUUUUCUCAAGAUAAGAAAAAAAAAAAUCCUAUCAACAUUUUACUGCAACCAAAAAAAGAAGCAGCCCACUUCUUACCUUCGGAUUCUUCUUCAACAUUGAUAUCGCCUGUCGCAAAUCGCAAUACACCCUAAACAAGAUGGACUCCGCCAAUUACAGCAAGAAGAGAAAAUUCAAGGAUGCCAAUGGCGUCAAACAUGCUGAGAAGAAAUCCAAAAUCCCCCCCGCGAAAGUACACAAGUCCAAGAAGUCGAAGCGAGCUGAACCUGAGAUUGCCCCCGAGCCUUUAAGCGAUGAGUUAGACGAGGUAGAAGAUGAUGUGGAGGAACAAGAACCAAGUGAUGUAGAGGUUCAAGAUGCGGACAAAAUAGAGGAUGAGGAAGAGGAAGACGUAGAGGAAGAAGCUGCUGAAAACUCUGAGCUGGAUAAGAGAGUAGAAGCGGCAAAUGCCAAGGAUGAUGACGCUGGUGAAAAUAGUAGAAGUACUGAAUUGUCUACCGACAACGCCAUAUCUGCUUUACAGGCCGCCAUUGGCUCCGACGCGCAAGACUUUGCCGACUUGACUCUGUCCGAGAUGACAAUGAAGGCCAUCAAAGAGGACAUGGGAUUCGAAAAAAUGACUACUAUUCAACGAAAAGCGAUUCCGCCCCUACUCGCAGGCCGCGACGUGCUCGGUGCCGCGAAGACAGGAAGUGGAAAGACCCUGGCUUUUCUGAUUCCGGCUGUUGAGAUGCUGAGCGCACUUCGAUUCAAACCACGAAAUGGAACUGGUGUCAUCGUUGUGUCUCCUACUAGAGAGUUAGCCUUACAAAUCUUCGGCGUCGCCCGCGAACUCAUGGCGCAUCAUUCUCAGACGUAUGGCAUAGUCAUCGGAGGAGCCAAUCGCAGAGCCGAGGCCGACAAGUUGUCCAAGGGAGUCAACCUCCUCAUCGCAACCCCUGGAAGACUUUUGGACCACCUACAAAACACUCCCUUCGUCUUCAAGAACCUGAAAUCUCUCAUUAUCGACGAGGCCGACCGAAUAUUGGAGAUUGGGUUCGAAGAUGAGAUGCGUCAAAUCAUCAAGAUUCUCCCGAACCAAGACAGGCAGACCAUGCUCUUCUCCGCGACACAGACGACCAAAGUCGAAGACCUAGCGAGGAUUUCUCUUCGACCAGGCCCCCUUUAUAUCAAUGUCGACGAAGAGAGCCUUGCUUCUACAGUUGCUGGACUCGAACAAGGCUAUGUCACCUGCGAGGCCGACAAGCGAUUCAUUCUUCUCUUCUCGUUCCUGAAGCGAAACCUGAAGAAGAAAGUCCUUGUGUUUUUCUCCAGUUGCGCGAGCGUGGACUAUUACUCGGAAUUGUUAAAUUACAUCGACCUGCCCUGUCUAUCUCUUCAUGGAAAGCAGAAGCAACAGAAACGUACCAACACAUUCUUCGAAUUCUGUAACGCGAAAACCGGCAUUCUUCUAUGUACAGAUGUCGCCGCACGUGGUUUAGAUAUUCCGGCAGUUGACUACAUUGUGCAAUUCGACCCCCCUGAUGACCCCCGUGACUAUAUCCACCGAGUGGGUCGAACGGCUCGUGGUGCCAAUUCCAAGGGACGCAGUCUUCUAUUCUUGCAGCCCCACGAGCUCGGGUUCUUAUCGCACUUAAAAGAGGCCCGCGUUCCUGUCCUCGAGUAUGAGUUCCCGGCGAAAAAGGUGUUGAAUGUUUCUUCACAGCUUGAGAAACUCAUAUCGCAGAACUACUAUCUGAACCAGAGCGCCAAGGACGGGUAUAAAUCAUAUCUACAUGCGUACGGCAGCCACAGCUUACGUUCAGUAUUCGACAUCCAUAAACUAGACUUAGCCAAGGUAGCCAAGAGCUUUGGAUUUGCGACGCCGCCCCGAAUUGACAUAACGCUAGGCGCUAGCAUGAGCCGAGACAAGGGAGCACAAGGGAGAAGGGCCUAUGGAAGCCAGCCCCGGCAAGGCCAGAGGCCAGGGGGUCGUCCAGGACAAGGUGGCCAGAAGUUCAACAGGAGAUAAUAAUAUCAGGCUUAAAAAGAGUUGCAAGAUCCGUUGCGGAGUUUCGGUUGGGUGUCAUGGUAUACCAGUUUGAUGUCGCUUACUAGGACAUUACAUGUAGAUGAAUAUCAACUUUCGACAAUCUGCGUAAUGUUUGAUUGCUCUUGAAUCUGUCGUGCGAGGAGUUGGCUUGAAGACUUGAGUUGAAUAUGGAGACGAGACAGUAUAUUGUCGCUCUGUAGAAUGGCUGAACUUAGUCACAUACAAGUCUGGUAAUAGAGCAAUGACAAUGCUAAAACCUAAAGGGG